GGUGGGCUUUGGACGAAUAAUGACAGAUUCCAUAUCCAGUGAAUCCUUACAAUCACUAUAGAAUCUCUCCAUUUGUACAUUACAUCUCCAAGUUCCCAUACCCCGUGUCCUUCUUAUCCCAAGUCUGCUCGCUCGGGCACGCCAUUUCAGCGCUCAAAGUCAGCAGGAAUUAAAAGUUUCUUCUUUUAUUUUAGAGGGUGCUUUCAUGGCGGACAGUUCACGCUUCGAUUUUGAGCGCGUUCUUGCGCACAAGUUCCCGGAGAAAAUAUACACUUAUACUGAAAGAGAUGUAGUGAUCUAUGCUUUGGGUGUUGGAGCAUGUGGACGGAACCCGGUUGAUACGGACGAGCUUAAAUAUGCUUACCAUGAAAGUGGGCCGCAAUUUAUCCAGGUCUUGCCAACUUUUGCUUCUCUGUUUUCACUCGGAUAUGUGACAGAUGGUUCAGGCGUGCCAGGAUUGCCAUAUGACAAGCGUCUUCUGUUGCAUGGCCAACAGUACAUAGAAAUAUACAAGCCGCUCCCUCCGAAGGCUUCUCUACAGAAUGAAGUAACUCUUGCAGGAUUGCAUGAUAAAGGUAAGGCAGCUAUACUUGAGCUCGAAACCAAAGCAUUACUUUAUAGGUUAUCUGGUGACUAUAAUCCUCUGCAUUCAGAUCCGAAGAUGGCUCAAGUUGCAGGAUUCUCGCGUCCAAUAUUGCAUGGGCUGUGCACACUCGGCUUUGCUGUUAGGGCAAUUAUCAAAUGUAUUUGCAAGGGAGAUCCACAUAUUGUCAAAAAUAUAUUAGGACGAUUCCUCCUACAUGUGUAUCCCGGAGAAACUUUGAUUACUGAAAUGUGGCUUGAAGGCUUGAGGGUCCUGUAUCAGACGAAGGUGAAAGAACGAAAUCGAACAGUGUUGUCUGGUUAUGUAGAUCUUCGUGGUUUGACUUCGUCAUUGUAAAUACACUUGCUUGAUAUGCAAAUUCCAAAAAAUAAAUUUGGUAGGUACAUGAAGGGUGAAGAGAGUAAUAGAAAUUCCAUUUGAUGGGUGAAACAAAUUGUAAUCAAAAACAAAAUUGGUACUAUCGGGUCGGGUGAAUUCAAUAAUAGACGCCUGGUGGCAUUCCAGCCUUCCUUCUC